CUCCCCCCUUUGCCUUGAUGGACGCGCAAACCACCCAAACGUCGCAGUGUUCGACAAGUUAAAUGUUAAAUUUUCGCUUUGGCCGGAAAAAGCUUAGUAUCAACUCCAACUCUUGGCGAAGAUGUAUAGCUACGCAACAUUAGCCUUCCACAAUUUCAAAAAAUAGAAGCUGUGUCUCUAUCUUUUAUUCGCUUGGCAACUUAAAACCACUGCAAGGACCAGCAAAACGACUUUAUGUAGCUGUUGAGUAAGACUUGCUUUGUGCCGUCCAAGAGUCAUUCUGGCCUGUGUCGUUGCAAAGGCAUGAACAAUCCGUCAAUCGCAGACACACCGAGACAUGAAUGGCAUCCAAAUCCAAGUCUCGCCUGGCUGCAUUGCCACGUUCUGAGAUAUGCGCUUAUUGGGUUUUGUCGUUCGGCUCCCAUUUGUACUCUUUUUAUGAACUGCACAGAUUCUCUAAAGAGCAUGAAGCUGGACUGGAGAGAGAGUUCCAACUUCAGAAAGGGUUUCUUGGGGGUUUUAAAAAGGACCCAAAUGACUUUGAAUGGAGCUUCUGGAGCAACUGGGCCAAGAAGUCUUUGCUGUGCACUUUGUUUGGGCAUGCGGUGGUCUCCAAAUUGUCCUCCAUCUUGGUUCCCAAGCUCAAGGUGGCGGUGGUCUCAGGGUAUGGCCUCCUGGUAGCCUGUGGCACUCUGGGUAUUAAAGGUGUGGCUGUGAUAAUGGUCCAUCUAGGCCUGUCAUUGGGUGUGGCCCAGCUCUGCAGACCCAGCAUGUCCUGGUGCUGUGCCCUGUUGCUGCUCUCCACCCUCCACAUUCCCCCUGUACAGGAGCUCAAGAGAAGCUGGUAUGAGACAGAGGAGGAGUAUUACCUCUUACUCUUCAGCGUUGCCGUUUGUGGUCUCCGCUUCAUCAGUUUCAGCCUCGAGCACUGCUGGCACCCACUAGAGGCUGGAGGACUAGUGCAGAUCUAUUGGUUGACUGCUUACUCCUUCUACCACCCUCUGUUCUACAAUGGACCCAUCGUCACCUUCAAAGACUUCGUCGAACAGAUGCAGAGACCAGCUGAGAAGAAUGGGGAUAAAAUGACUCUCCUCCCAUUGCUGGCCAAAGCAGGAAGGAUAGUUGUGUGGUGGCUGACAGCAGAGUACAUGAUCCACUUUAUGUACAUGCACUCAAUUCAGACCAAUGAAACCUACCUGGAGAUCCUUCCCCCUUGGGCCUUGGGUGGACUGGCUCUAGCCCUUGUCCAGUUCUUCUAUGUGAAAUAUUUGGUUUUAUUUGGCUUGCCGUCAUUACUGGCUACACUGGACAACUUGGUCCCACCAAAACUUCCUCGCUGUGUCAGCAUCAUGUACAGUUUUACAGGGAUGUGGAGGCAUUUUGAUGAAGGGCUGUAUCUGUGGCUGAUCAGAUAUGUCUAUGUUCCUUUGGGAGGAUCCCACCAUGGCCCUCUGUGGAAGGUUAUGUCCACUGGUCUGGCCUUUGGCUUCGUCUGUCUCUGGCACGGGGGACAUGACUACCUGCAGUACUGGGCCCUGAUGAACUGGGCCGGAGUUCUGGUGGAGAACGGACUGAGGGCCCUCCUAACCUCACCCUUCAUCCUUCCCUCCAUUGAACGUGGCCUAUCGCCCCCAAUGAGAAGACGCUGCACGGCCUUUCUCUUCGCCGUCUCCACCGCCAUGCUCAUCUUGUCAAACCUUGUCUUCCUCGGAGGGAUACACGUCGGCAGGAUCUUCUGGAAAAGGGUCAUCAUACAAGGCUGGCCCACGAUGGUGCCAUCGAUGCUGGCCUUCCUCUACUGCUUUGCCCAGAUUGGUCUAGAGUGGAAGAACAACUGCAACACUCUGAGUCUUUAACACACUGGUUUUGAUAGGAGGAGGAAUCUUGUCUUGUGUCUAGGUGACCUUUAGUUAAGUGUUGGCAAGCUUCACUUAAGUAAUUGUUUGUCAAAUGUUCCUUAACAUAACAUUUAAGUUAUUUAGUGUUCAACUAGGAAGGUUUCCACGAAUACACUGUUAAUGUCUGUAUCCGUAAUACAAUUUUAUAUUCAGUUUGAUAACUUCGAAAUACAUUUGAGGAUAAACUGUUAUUUGCUUUCAAAUAGUUGAACUUGAAUCCCAAAUACAACAUGAAAACCUAAUCUGUAGGAAACAUGACUGAAUUGCACUUUUUGGGUUUGAGUUAGAAAUGUAGAUUUCUGUGCAUCACUACUUUUGUAAUCAGAUUAAAUAUUUUAAAAUGAAUUGUGACAUUAAGAAAACAGAAUGUAAAUGUCAUGGAAUAAUUAUAAAUACUGUGUUUUUAUGAUUUUGUACACAGUAUAUAUAGAUAAGUAAACGUAAUCUUCAAUUGACAGUUGUCAGUUGACAAUAAAUCAUACAUGAAAAUAAAAUACAAUUUUGUAAA